UCUUCCCGAGUAAAUAUCGUGUUUGAAGCAACACAUGCACAACAUUUUCAUUUUAAGCGCAGCCGUCAUACCGUGAGGACGUGCAGCAUAGCCUAGGACUUGCGACGAAUAUCACAAUUCAGAUAUUCUGUUCUAACUGCAAGUGCGACUCUUGUAACUUUAUUCAAGUUGCUAGCGGUAGCGAUGGAGCCUGAACGCGAGACGGCAGAGCUGCUGUACAAGAUGGAACGCAUCAAAGAAAUACGCUUAAAAGCAGUCCAGCUGGAGAAGUUGAAGGGUCGUCUUUUGCAAGAGGUGGAAGAGACGGAGAGCGAGGAGGAAAGGAUGAAGGAAUAUCGCAACGAGAUGGAACUACUGAAUCAAGAGAAGAUGGCACAUGUGGAGGAACUCCGGCAGAUUCAUGCGGAUAUCAAUGCUAUUGAGAACGUAGUGAAGCAUGCUGAGCAGGACAGGAAUCGGUCGUUUGAGGCAGCGUGCCAGGCCUACCAGGAGUACAUGAGCCUGAAGGGGGAGAUAGACGUCGUCAGGAAUGGCAUCGGACUUGAGAUGCUACCAAGUCUGAGCGAGGAUGACGACAGACUCACACCAAGUUACUUCCGGAAGAGGAAAUCGGAAUGGCAGAAGGAGGAGCAGACAGACACGCCCCUGCCGACACCCCUGACCAUCCCUACGACAACCAGCCCGACGUUCCAACUGCCAUCAACGAGCCAUAGUGAAGAGCGCCCUCCUUUCAGACAGCAACCCCCGCCCAUGAAGAAUUGCCUGUCUUGCCACCAGCAGAUUCACCGCAACGCUCCCAUCUGCCCCCUCUGUAAGGCUAAGAGUCGCUCUCGUAACCCCAAGAAACCCAAACGGAAACAGGAGGUCAACUAAGCCAAAAGAGAAAUGGUGAUGUUAGCGAGAUAGAGUCAGGAUAGGCUUCGUGAAAUGUAUCAUAUUCAUAAUGAAUAGGAAGAGCUGUUUGUAUUUAACGCAAAAGUGAACUACCAAAAAUCUGCCUCAGCUUGUUUUGGGUACACAGACCUUUUAUAACUAUUCAGGAAACUUGUCCCACAAAAAACCUAACAGCCGAAACCAGUUAAUAAAGGUAUAUCGCAUGUGGGUUUGGGAAUAUUUUUAAAUUACCUCUUAAAGUCAGACAACCGAUCUUCCAUACAAACUUUAUUU